UCCAAAACAAUGAAAAAAUAAACAUUUUUGAAUUCUUAACAUGAUGAAUAUAAUAAAACAUUUUGGUUAAAAAGAAGCACAUAUUCUGAUAUUCUAUCCGUAGUGUAAAUUUAUGAAAUUUUCGCCGUAUUAUAUUCACACGGUCAAAAAUAAAUUAAAUAAUUUAAAAAUUGCAUUAAUUUAGUUGUAACAUAGAGCGUCUGUUCUCUCAAUUUUUAGGUUAGUUCGUUUCUUGAAAUUAAUAUUCGGCCAUAACCCAAAGCCAUCUAUUUCCGAACAUGUUUUUUUGUUGCUGACUGCCUGACUGCCGUGUUGGAAGAUUUUAACGUGACUAGUGACUUCUGACUUGUAGUUCUUGUACUUGUUUUUUGUUAAUUUACUAUUACAAUUAUAUAUUUGCCGAGUUAAUUAGCCUAACAUUAUUCACAAAUCGCAAAUAUUUUCUCAGAUAUUUGAUCAGUACGAAGUGUGUAGUGAAUGUUUGAAUAGGCACUCAAGGUAUUACUUGUAUGAUUGUAUAUUCGGAUCUCGAACAGUACACCCCGUCGUGGCUGUUCCUCUCAAUACACUUAUUUUGAGUAUUAAUUGAGUGUUUGAUUCCAGAAGUUAACAUGGAAUCGGAAAGAUCACCAUUUCCAUUACUUAAUGACACUUUAAACUAUUUGGACAUUGGAAUAACUGGAAAAAUUAAAAAUAUUGUAAGGAACAAAUACAAUACGUUUAUUUUUCAUCUGUUGUUGCAAGAGUGUGAAUAUAUUAAUAAUGAGGAUAUGAAUUUGGCUUUAUUAAAUGAACCAGUUAUACCUUUGUAUAAUGUACAACCGGGUUCGUUACUGGCUUGUCUACAUCCUCAAAAUAAAACAUGGAUGCGGUGCUAUGUUGUAUCUAUUUUACACCAUCAGGCUAAUGUUGCAUUUUGCGAAACUGGUGAAUUGACUAAAACAAAAAAACUUAAAGAUAUUCCAGAAAAGUACAAACAUAUACCAGUUAUUACAUUUGAAGCUGAGGUUAAAUGCAUUUGUCCUUAUGGAAAAUUACAACAUUUAAUGGAGAACUUCAAAGAAUAUAAUGCAAAAUUUGAACCUAUAACAAUUAAACCAAAUAAUAAAACAUAUAAGACCAUGAAACUUUUUUUUAAAACUACAUCUAUUGAGUUCAUCAUAAAAAAUUGGGAUCUACAGAAAUGUGUGAAUAGCGAAGACUCAAAUUAUAAUUCAAUUAUGUUUAAAAAUGGUAGUUCUGUUGUCAUAGCUAAAGUAGAUAUUUAUGAUUGGAGGCAUAUAUUUGUGAGAAGUGUUGAUCAUUUUGUUAAUGUUUGUAAACAAUUGCAAAUACAUUGUGGAAAUGCUCCAAUUAUUUUAAGAAACCUCAUUGCAGGAGAUAUUGUUGCUGUAAAAUGCACAGAUAAAUUUUACAGAUGCAAAGUCAUUGACUUGUUAAAAAAUGCAUGGUUUUCUUUAUAUUUAAUAGACAAUGGCUGUGUGAUAUCUGCUUCAAUUGAUUGUAUAGUUGAUUUACCAGAUACUUUAAAAAAGAUUCCACCAACUGUAUGUUUAGUUGGUUUAAAAGAUAUAACUUUAAAGCCUUGGACACCUGAGAUGUUUUUGUAUUUUAAACAGUUAUUUGAAAAUUCUACAAGCAUGGUAUUGGAAUACCCUGACCACAAUCCUUUUGGUUUGGAUUCUGUAACUUUAACUAUUAUUAAUAACAAUGAAGAUGUAAAUGAACGUAUUAAAGAACUUCUAAAAUUUGUGGAAGAUCCAUCAAAUGACCAUGAUCAUGCAAAUUUAAACAACUGUGUACAUGAUUCCAAUAAAUUAUUUAAUUUACAAUCCAAUACAGUUAUUCCUGUGAAAGUUGACUCCUGGGUGAAAUCAGAUUCUUUAGCUAUGCCAGAACAAUUAAAAUGUUCCUUGCCAUCUGGCAGUAUAGUUUACAUGACUGGUGUUGUGGAUCUGAAAGAAAUAUAUAUUAGAAAGUUAGAAGAUCAUGAUGACGACCAUGAAAAAUUCUUGGAUAUGGUUAAUGAAUUCUGUCUAUCAGCGGUACCAAUUAAUAGGCCUUUGGUAAUUGGAGAAAUUGUUGGAGCUCAGUCUACUAUAGAUGAUAAUUUUUACCGGGGUAAAGUUUUAAAAAAAAUUGACGACGUCACUUAUUCAUUGCAGUUUAUUGAUUUUGGUGAUAAGGAUAAUGUACCUUCAUCAAAAAUAUUUGAAAUUCCCAAGCAUUUUAUGACUCCUUCAAAUGUGAUUAAAAUUACUUUAAAAGGAGUAAAUGAUAUUCCAUUGAAUGUAGAUGCUUUAAACUAUGUAUCUAAUUUAUUGUCAACUUGUGAACCAAUGAUAAUCGAAUUUUCUCCAGUACAGCCCCUUAAGGAUGUUUCUUUAACAACAGUGAGUAGUAAUGAGAAUGUGAAUAAACGAUUAAAUGAAUUACUGAAUAAUGAUGACGGUAUGUCAACAACAGAUGUAAAAAAUCAACUUGAACAAGAUAAUGUUAACAUUGAAGAAAAUACAGCUAGUAACAGAACUGUACCAGGAUUAAAAAAAGGAGAUUCAGUUUACAUUACAACAUUCAUAAAUGUACAUAACUGCUUUGUUCGUAAAGUUGAAGAUGAUACUGACGAGCUUUCAAAUUUCAUAGAAAAUGUAAAUUUGUACUGUUCAGCAGAAACCCCUAUUGGAAAAUUACCAAAACUAAACGAUUUAAUUGGAGCUAAAUCAAUAGACGGAUCUUUCUACAGAGGAAAAGUUACGAAAAAAGUAAACGAUAAUAGUUAUGAUGUACAUUUUAUUGAUUUUGGAAUGGACGAGAAUGUCAGUUUAUCUGAUAUCGUCAAUCUUUCCACUGAAUUAAAACAGGUGAUUCCUUCUACUAUUUUGGUUAAACUGAAAAAUGUUUCAUCUACUAUAUUAAAUGAGGCAGCUCGUGAAUAUGUCACUUUGAUCUCUGAGAAGGCCUUGAUAAUAGACAUGAUAGAAGACAACACAAAUGAGGUAAUACUGAAAACUGAAGAAAACGAAAGUGUAAAUGAUCGUCUAAAGGAAUUAAUGUUUGAAAAUAUCAAGGAAAUAAAUAUAAAUGAUUUGAUUGAAAUUGAUGAAGAGUUCAAAUCAGAUCAAUCUUUAGUAGAAUGUAAUGUUACUACCUUGAAACCGGGCAGUAUAGUUUAUUUGACGGCUUUUGUCAAUAUGGACGAAAUGUAUAUUAGGAAGUUGGAAGAUUACAAUGACGAAUUUCAUAAUUUAUUGGACAAGGUUAAUGAAUUCUGUUUAUCAGCUAAACCAAUUAAUAGGCCUUUGAUAAUUGGUCAAAUUGUUGGAGCUCAGUCUACAUUAGAUGAUAGUUUUUAUAGGGGAAAAGUUUUAAAAAAAAUUGAUGACUUUACUUAUUCAAUACAGUUUAUUGACUUUGGUGAUAAAGAUAAUGUACCUUUAUCAAAAACAUUUGAAAUCCCUACAGAUUUUAUGGUUCCUUCAACUAUUAUGGAAAUUAAUCUUAAAGGUAUUAAGUCUCAUUCAUUAAGCAUUGAAGCAUCAAACUAUAUUACUAACUUAUUAUCAACGUAUGAGCCAUUGUCAAUAGAUUUUGAUAAUCAAUUUCCUAUUAAAGAUGUUACGUUAGUUGUAAUUAAAAAUAAUGAAAAUGUUGCUGAAAAUUUAAAUAAACUUCUCAAGGAUGAAAACAGUACUACAACUAUAAACAUUGUUGAAGAUGAACGUGUAAAAGAAGAUGAAUUAACAGAGUUACCAGACAUACCUAAAUCAUCUGAAGUUACAGAACCUAAAUUGUGUGAUGAAACUAAUAUAUUGAAAAACGGAGACAUUGUUUUUAUUACGUCAUAUAUUGAUUUGUAUAAUAUUUUUGUCCGUAAACUUGAAGAUAAUAAUGUUGAAUUUCAAAAUCUUAUUGAAAGCGUCAAUACUUAUUGUAUUUCAGAAAAUACUUCAAAAAGUAAAUCUCCAGAACUGAAUGAAAUUGUAGGUGCUAAAAGUUCAGUUGAUGGAUAUUUUUAUCGAGCAAAGAUUGUUGAAAAAACUGAUGAAAAUACUUAUGAAACAAUUUUUAUUGAUUAUGGUUUUGAAGAAAGUGUGAAUAUUGCCAAUAUUGUUCCGCUGCCUAUACAACUACAACAGGUGACUCCAACUAUAACUCUAGUUGGGCUCAUAGGUGCAAGUUUUGAAAAUCUUAAUUCAGAAAGCCAUAAUUAUUUAGAAAAUCUUAUGUUACUCAGUGAACCAAUGAAAAUAGAGUUUGAAGAUUUAACUAAAGUGAAGUUAACUGUCAUUGGCCAAAAGCAAAAUGUCAUAGAUCAUUUAAAUGAAUUGAACGUGGACAACACUACAGUGGAAAAUACCAUUAUCAAUAAUUCUUUGCAACUUACUUCUGGUAUGAAGUAUAUAUCUAACGACAUCACUGUCCCUCCUAUACCACCGUUGACAAACAAAUGCAUAAUUACUAUUCACGCAUUUAUCAGUUUAAAGGAUAUUUAUAUCAGUGUGCCUUUCAAUAAAGCCGAAGUGGAUAAAUUUUUAAAAGACUUUUCUGUCUAUUGUUUGACUUUACAACCUAUUACUAGAAAUCCAGCUGUAGGUGAAGUUCUCGGCAUCAGAUUAUCUACUAAUAAUUCAUUUAACAGGGGUGUUGUCGAAGAAAAGUUGAACGAAAAUCAAUACAAAGUAGUUUUAUUUGAUUUAGGCACUAAAGAUAUUGUGUCAGCAAACAGUUUUGUUGAAAUUCCAGAACACUUACAACAGGUUCCUCGUACUAUUUAUUCGAUACGUCUCAAAGAUAUCGAUUCCGGAAUUCUUAACACUCAAGCUAUGUCUUAUGUCAAUAUGCUCUGCGAAAAUUUGCCGUUAAUUAUUGAAUUCGACGAGGAAAGUCCAAAUGGAUUAAAUGCUGUGACUUUAACUACUAUCAAAACUCAACAAAAUGUUAACAAUCAUCUGAUAAAGCUUUUGACUCUAAAAGAAAGAGAUUCGCCAGAAACAGUACAGAUGUUGAGUAAAGGAGAUAUUGUUUAUAUUUCAACGUUUGUGGAUUUACACGCUAUUUACGUUAGACGUAUUAACAACGGCACGGAUAAAUUUAAAUCAUUCUUGGAGAAUUUUUCAUCUUCCUGCGCGUUAGAAAGUCCUAUAAAAAACGAUCCUAAAGUUGGUGCUAUCAUUGCGGCAAGAGAACAAGGAGGAAAUAAAUUCUACAGAGCUGAAGUUAUUUCUAGAGUAGACAAUGACAAUUUUAAUGUCUGUUUUAUUGAUUUUGGAUACUGGGAUACCGUACAUAAAAGUAAUAUGGUACAGCCGUCCGAAUCACAGCUACAAAAUUGUCCGCCUACGUUUAUGGUCGGUUUACUUGGACUAGAUGCAGAACCUGCUAAUGCCACGAUAUUGCACUACAUAGAGAAUAUCAGCCAAACAGAUACAUUUAUAAUUGACUCUAUCACAGAACUAAACAAAGUUGUAUUGAUAUCAGCCAAUACACAAUGCAAUAUAAAUAAAGAAAUUAAGAACAUUUUAGGCAACGGAAAUAUUGGACAACAUAUUAAAAACGGUGUAAACGCCAACGGUGACAAAGAUACCGAAAAAUGCGUAAUAAAGUACUACAGGCCGCCUUUGGAUGUUGCUACUCAGGUUUGGGUGGCCGACAAAAUAUCUCCUUCGAGGUACUCAGUACACACGAGCGACAGUCGCCUUGAAUUCAUACAAUUGGAAAAUCAAAUUUUUGAAGACAGUAAAACGUUUGAAUCUGCUAAAUCUGUCAGUGUUAAUAUGCCGUGCAUCGUGUACUUUAGUCCUAGUUGGUAUCGUGGAGUAGUGUUGGAGGUAAUCGAUCAAGUCACCGCAAAAGUUGGUCUUGUGGACGUUGGAAAUUUCAGUGUCGUUCGCAGCAUCAAAGAAAUUUUCCGCAUGCCGUCGAAAUACGAAGGAAAAUCGCUGUUGGUGAAUAUCGAGAUACAACCAGAACCGCAAGAAAAAUUAGCAGUCACGUCGUUCAGAAUCGUUGCUAAAAAACACUUGGACAAUGUCACAGUGGUAGAAGUAUUGCUGGGAUCUACAGUAGAUCAAUCUUACGACGAUCUGGUUCGUAGUGUACAGGUCAUAGACAAUGUUGGGCUGCCAUCGUUUUCUUCGACCCCCAUACCAGAAGACUCCGCACAGUUUCAAUUUAACAAUAGCCGCAAUGAACAAAACUUACUGAGUACGACCCUGUGUCAGGAACAGCAAACGUCUGGUGCUGCUGAUCACAGUAAGCGGUUUUCCAACAUGUUGACAAUCAAAGACGUGCAGUAUGCAAGAUGGCUAAAGGGCGCUGUAAAAACAUUGACAUUCUUGUGCGUGAAUGGUGACUGUUUGAUGAUGAGGGAUCAUCUGAUCGACGAUACACUAGCGGAUUUGGAAGCAAAAAUCCAAGAACACUGCGUGAUUGCUGCUGAUCCACUGUACACACCAGCCGAAAACGAACUCUGUCUGGCCAAGUACUUUGAUGAGUUGUGGUAUAGGGCUAUAUGUGUGAAAGCUCCUAACGAUUUGGUCAAAAACGACAAUGACUAUAUGGUUUAUUUCUUGGACUGGGGAAUGGAGUACUUGACAAAAGACGAAGAUAUUAAGAAAAUGCCCAAGGACUUUAUUUACCUACCAGCAACAGCCCACAAAUGUUACGUAAAAGAUGCCCCAGUGUUGGAGUGGAGCGCCGGCACAAUGCACGCGGUAUCCGAGCUCGGUCUGAAACAGUUGCCAAGCACGAUCGACGACAAACUGUCUAAUGACAGUUACAUGAUAUCCUGUGCCGCCAUCAAAGACUUGUUCGACAAGAAUUUGCAGUGAGCCGCUGGAACGUUAAGUGAUGCACACGUUCAAGCUGUACCCAGUUCAGAAGUUGUCCCCUAACAAUGCAAAAUUUAGAUACAUACUUAAUUAUUUUAUAAUUUUAAAACUAGUACCUACGUAAAGUGUUUUAUUAAUCAUUUCGUAAUAUUUCAACAUAAAUAGUUGUUGGGAUUUUAUAUUUUUUAUUAUUUAUAUAUUUUUUUUCUACUGUAUUUUUUUCCAUCGAGUGAAAAAUUAUUAUUUUCAUUGUGUCAAUUAUUACAUUGGUUCUUCAUGCCAUUAAUCUAAGAAAUGUUAUUAUUUAUUAAUUUUACGUAAUACUUUCAAAAUAUUUUGUACAUUAAAAAAACAAAGAAGUUGAAAAAGA